GUAUUAGCUAUCAUCUGAAGAUGCAUUAUAAUUAGCCUGGAAAGACAUCAUCAGCAUCGUCUGUUGUGAUCUGACACAAAGACAGUAACGUUACUGGUUGGAUUUGGGUUUUUAUUACUGGAGGAACAAACUGAACAUCGUCGAAACGGACAAAUAAACACGAUGUCGUCGGAAAAACACGGAUUGGAGGAGGCAGCAGGGAGGCAGGCCAUGUCUCAGCCGAUGAUGCAGAUGGCUCCACCUCCCUACCUCCCCAACCAGGACCCCAACAUGCCCCCACAUCCUCCUCCACCUGGCUGUGGCCAACAGCCGAAUUACCCCCCUCCCCCUCCCCCUCCUGGAUCAGAUGGGUACCUGCAGGAAACCCAGUUCCACUGCGGCACCCUCGGGCCCCAGGGAGCUCCAAACGGAUACCCGGUGCAGACGCACGGACCAGUAGGCACCGUCCCUCAUCCUCCCGUGGGCUAUUUACAUACAGGAUACCCCCUACAACUGCAGCCCUGCACGGCCUACGUGCCCGUCUAUCCCAUAGGCACAGGGGCACAGCCUUACAUGCCUAACGGUGCACCUCAUCCAGGUGUUGCUCCCGGCCAGAUGGCCAUGCAUAUGCCAAAUGGCAUUGCUCUCAUGGAGUCUCGUCGUCCUCCUCACGACUAUCUGCCCAUCGCUGUCCUCACCACUGUCUGCUGCUUCUGGCCCACAGGAAUAAUCGCCAUCAUCAAAGCUGUGCAGGUGCGUACUGCUGUUGCUCGGGGCGACAUGGUUACGGCAGAGAUUGCUUCACGCGAGGCACGUAACUUCUCCUUCAUCAGUCUGGCGGUGGGAAUCGCCUCCAUCGUGCUGUGCACCAUACUCACCGUUGUGGUCAUCAUCGCCUCUCAGCAUCAUGAUGACGACUGGGAGCCCUAGAGACCGUAGUGCAGGGACGCACCCCCUCAACCUGCCCUACAGACCCCUGGCCAACAUUCCAGUCGGUAUUCUGCUUUUUCUCUCACACAGCACAGUUCUGACUUCUCAAGCCACCACAUCCUAAUCUGCAGUCAAAAAUACGACAUUACAGCCAUUUGCCCAUGUAUUAGUUACAAGAGAGAUCAGCAGUAUGGUAAAUCAGAACAUGGGAAACACAAAACGUCUACCAUGUUGUAAGCGUGCUCACACUCACAUUAACCUACCUGAACACUUCCUGCUUCUCCUAAACAAAAGCCUGUGUUAGAUCAGUAGUUUAAAAAUAUAGUGUACUGAAGACUUGAGUCAGGACAGAUGUGUUAUUGUUUGCUCUUAAAAUUUGCCAAAAAUAUUACUUUUUAAAAGAAACACACAACAAGUAUUACAAGAACAUAAUUUUGGUAUUAUUAAUUGUGUUUUUUGACAUUCAAAACAUUCCGUAUUUUAUUUGUGCCAUUUAUCUGUUUAAAAAGAAAGAUAAUAUAUUACUUUGUAGGUUGAACUGACUAAUUUAGUCACUGAAAAUGUGAAUAAAUUGUGUUUUCUAUAAACUAAGGGCCAGAUUUACUAACGACUUGCAUCAGUGCAAACCCUCUUUUGGCGUUAAAAAAUCUACUGUCAGGAUUUAUUAAAGACACGCAGUGAAAAAUUAGCGUUGAAAAGGCAUGGGCAGGGUUCUUUUUGCGGCUUACCUAAUUGUAUAUGAAUUUGUAGUAGUUACCCUUUUAAGAAGAUACAUUUAUG